UGCAACACCAAACUCAAUUGACCCAACUCCUCUCUCCUUCCCAGGGAAGGAAUCUCCAGCGGCUCCUUCUCCUCCACUGUCCUACAGCUGCUGCCCUCCACCCAUGUCCAACCCUUGCUGCCCUAGGAUUGAUGUUGCCGUCCAAGACCAGCACGCCCCCAACCCUGCGUGCAGCGGCCGCCUUUCGGGCAUACCCGUCACAGACCCGAGUCCACUUUCACGGUCCCAAGGAAAUACGGCGGCCAUGAGUGGUGCUGGCUUCGCCAUGAUUGAGGGAACUCGACGGCACAGACCCCUGCCUUUUACCGUCGCCGCUCUGUCUUCCAUCGUCGCUGCUCCGUCAACCCGGAACUUCGCGAGCAUUUGCUCUCCCUUCGCGGAGGCGCCGUCCUCGGCGACGCCUCCCCUGUUUAGCUCUGCAGCGUCGUCGGUGCCGGGCAAGACCACCGCGUGCGAGUUCAGAUGCGGUGGCUUUGGUGGUGGUCGCGUCGCCUUCACCUCUGCCGGUUCUUGGUUUGCGUCCUCCACCUUCUCCGUCGCGACGGCGCCGUCUUCGGCGCCGCUUCUGGCAGUGAGUUUCCCGUCUCCGUUGCCCAGAGUGGUGCCAUUCACUGCUCGUCCAUCAACAUCGUCACUGUCAAUCGCGAUCGCGGCGAAGUUUAAAUCAACCUUAUCUACAGAAUCACUUCUUACUAGUGAAGAGGCUGUAAUAGCUGCUGCUGCUUAUGAAGCUGUUGCUCUUGCUAAAGCUGCUGUGAAGGUUGCAAAGGAUGCAGCCCUGCUAGUUAAAAAGAAACCCUCGGCAGAACCAGCAUUUAGAUCGCAUGUAUCUUCCAAAUCUGAUAAUUUACUUCUGAAGUGGGUUCAACGUAUGGAAACAGGAGAUGACAUAGCAAGACGUCCCAUUGACUCUGGAGCACAAACAGUGGAAGAUGUAAACAUAGUGGAUAGUGAUGAGGAGUCUGAUAAUGUGGAGCCUACCUAUGAGGAACUUGAGCUUCUGCAGGAACAGCUUUCAGAUAGUAUAGCCGUAAGAUCUAGGCGCCAAAUAGAAAGAAAAGCUAGAAGAGAGAGGGUGGCAGAGAAGACUGCCACAAAUAUUGUUUCUUUCAAGUCUGGUUCCCCCAGCAGGAGAAAGCGUGUUCCCGUUCAAGAAGUAGACUAUUCCGAUCCACUUCGUUACUUGAGAACAACAACCAGCACUACUAGGCUUCUUACAUCAACUGAAGAAGUUCAACUGUCUGAAGGAAUUCAGGACCUACUAAAGCUUGAAAAGCUCCGGGAGGAAGUUGCAGAAAGAUGUGGUGGGCAACCCACAUUUGCUCAAUGGGCUGCAGUAGCUGGAGUAGAUCAGAAGACCCUGAGGAAACGUCUUAAUCAUGGGAAAUUUUGCAAAGACAAAAUGAUUAAAAGCAAUAUACGGCUUGUGAUAUCAAUUGCUAAGAAUUAUCAAGGAGCUGGGAUGAACCUGGAGGAUCUUGUCCAGGAAGGAUGCCGAGGCCUUGUGAGAGGUGCAGAGAAGUUUGACGCUUCCAAGGGUUUUAAGUUCUCCACAUAUGCUCAUUGGUGGAUUAAACAGGCAGUUCGAAAGUCGCUUUCUGAUCAGUCAAGGACCAUUCGCCUACCUUUCCACAUGGUGGAGGCAACUUACAGAGUGAAAGAGGCAAGAAAACAAUUUUUUAGUGAAAAUGGAAGAAACCCCAAUGAUGAAGAAGUUGCUGCAGCAACUGGACUGUCAAUGAAGAGGCUUGGUGCUGUACUCUUGACCCCAAAAGCUCCCAGAUCUCUAGAGCAGAAGAUUGGGAUCAACCAGAAUUUGAAGCCUUCGGAAGUGAUCGCUCAUCCUGAUGCUGAAACAGCUGAGGAACAGCUCAUCAAACAAAUGAUGAAGAAGGACCUCGAGAUGGUGCUGGAAAGUCUUAAUCCCAGAGAGCAACAGGUCAUAAGAUGGAGAUUUGGUAUGGAUGAUGGAAGGAUGAAGACAUUGCAAGAGAUAGGGGAAAUGAUGGGCGUGAGUAGGGAGAGAGUCAGGCAAAUUGAGUCUGUUGCUUUUAGGAAACUUAGGAACAAGAAGAGGACCAAGCAUUUCCAGCAGUAUUUGGUUUCAUCAUAAUCCUACCAAAUAUAGAAAAAAAAUAUAUAUAUGUAUGUUCUCAUUGUUACAGCGGAGACAGAGAGUUAGGCUUAUUUGAUGCUGGUGAGGGUGCGGUCCAUUCUCCCUUUUGCAUAUUUGUUUGUAUCAUUGUAUGUACGUUCUUCCUCCUUUUUAUUUUCGUUUUCAUCUUUUACCUUCUUCCUCUCCAAAAUAGGAAACAGAACGUUAUUGGUAUACCACUCGGAAAUGGAUGUACACACAAGGGAAUAACUGUGGAUUUAUUAUUACUAGUCAACCAAUUUUUUAUCAGACGUUGAA